GAGUCCACACAACCAGAACUCAAGAUUUAAGGUGCAGUCGUUUGAAAUAUCAGAGAGGACAGCUUCAGUUCUUCUUUCAUUUCAUUCAUAACUAACAAUGGCUGCUGCUGAUGAUGCUGUUGUUGCUUUUGCUGACUUUUGGAGACUAGUAGAUUUCCUGGUAGAGCAAGAGCCUUUCAGACAGAAUACUUUCCUGAUCAUCGAUAAAAUGGUUGAACUGGAGUGGCGGAGACCUACUACGGGGUUAGUGGAUGAGGUUCUUCACAGCAUCUUCUUUUUGGGAAAAAUUAACACGCUGCCAUUUUCCCCUCAAGAUAUUCUGAGUGAUGAUUUAUUGUUAAAUACAUUUAAGGACCAAUACCCUCGGCCUUUUGACCUCUACUCCUCUGAGGUACCCAGGCGGAGUCCAUUUUCAUGUGUGCUCGACAUGUUUGUCAACGAGCAUGGACGAAACAAUGAAGGAGCAAUCAGACAGCAGCUGAAAGACUUCAUCCGUACACUGAGGGGGGAUAAUAAAAAAAAGCCUCUGGUCUCCACAGCCAUCUGUGUCUCUCAGAGUAAUCCCCCAGGUUCAGACAGGUACUACGGAGUCUCCAUAUCCGCUAAUAGCCCUUUAGCCCGGAAAAUCCUGAUCGGUGCUUCCUGUCUCAGGAACUGGGAAAGAUAUGUACCUGAUGCAGUGAUGACCUUCUAUCCAGGUGUUAAUGAAAAUAAAUAUUUCGAUGGAACCAUCAGAGUUCCAGAGAAUGUCCGGUGUGAAACGUUUGAUCUCUAUGACGGAAGUUUAAAGCCUCCUUGUAAAGCAUGUCGUGAGUUGUUCGGUUUGACAGGAGGGGCCACAGAGGACAUAAAUAAAAAUGUCCCCCAUGGCAACUGUGCCGAAGCUGAAAGUCUGAGCAACUUGUUUCGAAGAGAAACAACAGUUAGAGAUCAAGCAAAACCAAGAUCUGAAAAGUACACAGAGGUGAACAGAUCUAAGGCUGAAGAAAGCGUCCGUAAAAUGCUUCAAAUUUUUUUGUCCAGCCCUAACGUAUUUACUCGAUGGAGAGAUGGUUUCUACACCCCACAGUAGGUCAGAUCUUAAAAGGACCAUGUGCUUUAGUCCUGAUUCUUUCCUGAUACAUGAGUGUGAUUUUCAUUAAAUAAAUUUAAUUAAAAAAAAAUAUAUAUAGAAUCUGCAGAAAUUAAUUGCUUUUAAAAAUUGUCGCAAAAAAUCACGAAACAUUCGUUAACUGAUUGUUUUUGCCACUCGUAGGUUAAAUAUUAAACUGGUUCCUGAAGGUGGAGGUCAUGUGAUCCCAGCUGUUAAUAUAUCCUGCUAAUGCUCCAGCUACUUACUACCAUAACAAUAAAGAUAUGAAUGCAUUCAUGGAAAACAUUGUAAACCAAAUGUGUCAACAACACAUCUCUUCCUACUGAACUCUGACUAACAAGAUGAUGAUAUUAAUAAUAAUCCUUCCAUGUGUCUCUGUGUGUGUCCUAUCUUAAGCUGAUGUUCUUCUCUCUGAUUCUGGCUGUUCUCAGUUUUAUCUUCAUGGUUCAAGUCUUAUUAGAGGCUCUUCACAUCUAAUAUAAUAUAAUGUGUCAACUGUUUGAGUAAAGCAUGCAGAAUAUAUAAACCAUAAAUAUACCAUGUUGUUUACAAUAAAAUGAUGAUGAUGAAAA